AUGAAAUUGGUCCUUUUCAAACCUGCUUUAGGCCUGGCUUUUCUAUUAUGUUUGAUCUGGUACGGACAUACACAUUUCUACCGUGAUCCUGGAAGCAUCUUCUUUAAUAGAGAGCGAGCAUACGAAACUCGCUACUCUGCCCACCGCAGAGCUGAGGCACAACAAACCAUCGAAUUCUAUUCUACGGCAGGCACGCGUCCCUUGUUGAAUACACAAAAAAGCAACAAGAGCCUCUGCGUGGCGCUGAGCUCUGUGAAACGGCAGACACAAUAUCUUCCGACCACGAUCGGUAGCCUAUUACAUGGUCUCACAGAUCAAGAAAGAGCAGAACUUCAUCUCUUAGUUCUCAUCGCGCAAACCGACCCAACACACCAUCCGAACUUCAACGAGCAUUGGCUUCACCAAGCCGUCGACGGCGUAUUGACUUAUAACGUCAAUGCAACACAGCUAUCGUAUCUAAGACACCUCGAGGCGACCGAGAAAUAUCAGGAGAAGGGCUUAUUUGAUUAUUCAUAUGCCCUUCAGCAAUGCUAUGACACCGGGGCGUCAUACGUAGGCCUAUUUGAGGACGAUAUUAUCCUAGCCCAUGGAUGGCUGAUCAGGACUCUGCAAGGCUUGCGUGAAAUAACCGAAUCUGUUCAAGAGCAUACAGACUGGCUCUUCAUGCGUUUGUUCAACCAAGAACGGUCGACGGGUUGGGCAAGCCAUGAAAUUGGUGGUAAUAACGAAUAUUGGAUCAUCCUUGGGGUUGACUUAGGUAUCUCGGCGGUUGUACUAGUCGCGCGUCUACUCUGGCGAUCUCCUCGCAAGUAUCUUGUUCCAGGGACUCUCUCCGUCGUCAUGUUCAUGUUGGUACCAGGCAUUGUUACACUGUUUUUUCAGUCAGGUAAAGCCUCAAUGUUACCGCCGUCGCCAGGUGUCUUUAAUGAACCAUUUGGCUGCUGUUCACAAGCCAUGAUAUUUCCCCGGGCUCAGAUACCACUUUUGACACGCUCGUUUCAAGAGAAAAUUGAGGGCCAGGUGGAUUUGAUCCUCGAUGAAGUAGCUCAGAGAAACGAUCUUGCAAGAUAUGCCUUGUAUCCGGUUCAGGCUCAGCAUAUCGGUCUCAACUCAGCAAGGAAGACGGAUAAAGAUGAGGCCCAAGCUAUUUGGAGCAUGGCGUUUGAAGAUCUGGACCCACAAGAACUAGAGCGGGAUCAUCAGAAGAAGCUUAAUCAGUACAGUCUCUAG